AUGUCGAAAGUUGAUGUCGACCUGGGAGAUUCCUUGGCCAAGGUGCUCCCCACCGGGGUGAAGGUGACGAUCCGCCAUGUCUCGUCAGCCCCAAGCCCGUGUGUGGCUCUCUUUGCAGCUCCACCAGGCGAAGAACCCGAGUCAACUUUCUGUGAGAACCAUUUCCUCGCAGUCUCCAUCAGUCCCGACGAAAAUGAGGAGUCGGAAGUGAUCGUCUUUGGGAUCGAAGUGCUGGUCUACGGCACCGCGCAUCUGACAACAAUUUUCGUCUCCAAGGCCGAUUCAACUGGCUACCUGCAUCUGCUGAAGAAUGCGCCCAAGGUCUCACUUCUCAGACUUAUCUCAAAUGCGUUCCUAUCGUUUCUUGUGCAGACCCGCCAACGGCCAGGAGUCCGGUUGAUGGUGUCGUUGUUUGCGCGAGCCCAGAAUCAGUACUUGUUUCCCGGAAGCAUCGAGAACCCUGGAAAGCAUGUCUUAGAUGAUCGUGGGUUGAUCAAAUGGUGGUGUCGUGUGAUCGACCCUAUCUUACGAGAAUAUGAGCCUGAGACAGGUUCUCAUGAAAAGGCACUGCUCGAUCAAACUAAGGAGUCAGCGAAGAGUUCAGCAACGGCGUUUCUGAUCGUUCCAGGAUGCGACAAGUUCGAGACUCGAGGCUUCUUCCCAAGCACGGCGAAGUCUGAUGACAAGGAUCGACCGAGAUGGUUGAAUAGCUACCCUCUCCAUCAGCUCUGUGAUAAUCCCAACGCUCCGCCCCGGUGUCUCGUUCCUCGCUUCCCAGAUGACCCAAAGACGCGCUUUCUGAUCGACUUGGACGAUGAAUUACAUGGGUCGACAGGAGCUGAAGGCGUUAAGGAGAAUUCUGGUCAUUGGCGAAGCGUGAAGUCUCUUGCACAGUUUUGGGAGAUGAUGUCCUUUCGACAGGAAUGUUCGGCCGGCCGAUUAGUCGGGUUCUUGUGGCUUGUCAUUAAUCCGCCCGGUCUUGUCAAUUCUGUUCAGAUGACGAGCUCUCGUGUUGCUUCGCGGGAGGUCGAAAAGACUGUCUCUAAAUCCGAGAUAACCCGCGAUGCAUCGCUAUCCGAACAAGAAGGUGAAGUAGCGUCUGCGUCUGCUACAUCGCAACCUCACGAUGCACCAGUCACAGGAGACUCCAGAGAGAAUCUUUCAGGUCCCCUUCCCACAAGUGAUCUCCAGACAUCAUCAGUGACCCAACCCAGUGACUCGUCUUCCGACACCCUUGCCAAAGUGCAGCAAGCUACUGGCCCCAGUGCGUUCUUCUGGCCAGACACUGGCCGAGGACACGCUGUCCUGAGUGAAGAAGACUACAAGGCGGCAAUCAAUUUUCUUAUCGAUCAAGACUUUGACACCAAAGAUCAAGCUAUCGCCAGCACUAAGGCAUGGAGCGAGAAAGUCGCCUGGCUCGCUGAUCGGCUUUGGGUCGGUCAACGGGUCGAGGGAAGAAAUGCUACGACGGAUUUCGGUCAGAAACCCACAGACGCUACGACUCUCAUAACCACGGCCUUGGUUCGAAAGCGCAAAAAGGCUGAUGCGGAGAGCGACAAGCCAGGCGAGGUAGAAGGUGCUCCAGGGGAUUCUGAAGAAGUUAAACCAACUUCCGUCCAGUCGAAUCAGGCAUCAGGCGUAAAUGUGCUCAAUGCCAGCCUGAUUCGAAAGAAGAAGAAGACAUAG